AUGGCAAAAUCCAAAUCUUCAAGCUCUGAAGCCUCCACAAAAUCAUACAUGUUUCUUCUUCUUCUUGGAUUUCUCUUCAUCUCUCUUGUUCUUGUGCACUCUUCUGAUCCUGAUAAGCCAUCCAUGAAGUCAGCUGUCUCGUCCGCAAGGCGUCUCGUCCAGGAUUCUCCAAAAGCAGCUGCUACACAUUCAAUGGAUGUUCAUGUUCAUCCUAAAAAGAGGCGAAAUUCACGUACUUCGAAAGAAUUUGGAGCUGGUGCUCAUGAAGUUCCAAGUGGGCCAAACCCUAUUUCGAAUAAGUAG